GGUGAAGCUUAGGGUUGGAAAAUUUUUUUGAAGCCCGCUAAGUAAAAAAUCCUAUCUCGGCCCCUGAUGAUGAUGAUGAUAGAUCUGAGCGUAGCCAGAGAUGACAUUACAGGUAUAUACUUAAACAUGCAAUCCACAAUUCAAGUCGUUACAGCGAAGCGCGAUUGAUACUGGCCAAAUCCUCUUUCUCUCCCGCUCAAAGCCUCUGCCAGCAAUUCCGCUAUCGCCGGAGACGCUGAGAUUGGCCACGGCGGAGCACAGCCGCCCACAAACCUCCGGCAAAAACUUCCGCCACAAUAUGUCCAACGAUGUGGAAAAUCCCAAAGAUGGUGAGGCACAAACAGCUUCUGACACCUGUAUGGAUACCCGUUCCAACUCUGAUGAAUCUCAAGUCACUUGGUAUGGUGGCUUAUUCCAGCAAGCAUCAGUGUAUGGUAUAGCUGCUGGGUACUGCAUUUCAGCAUCAUUACUGUCCAUCAUUAACAAAUGGGCUGUGAUGAAAUUUCCCUAUCCCGGUGCACUAACCGCAUUACAAUACUUUACAAGUGCUGCUGGCGUCAUGGUAUGUGGGAGGCUCAAACUUGUAGAGCAUGAUCCAUUAGAUAUUCUAACUAUGUGGCGGUUUCUACCAGCAGCAAUCAUAUUCUACCUCUCUCUCUUCACCAAUAGCGAGCUCCUCCUACAUGCCAAUAUUGACACCUUUAUCGUCUUCCGUUCAGCAGUCCCCGUCUUUGUCGCAAUGGGAGAGACCCUUUACCUGCACCAGCCAUGGCCAACAACAAGGACAUGGGUCUCACUUGCCACCAUAUUUGGUGGCAGCGUGCUUUAUGUCAUAACAGAUUACCAGUUCACAUUUAUGGCUUAUAGCUGGGCCGUGGCUUACUUGGUGAGCAUGUCCAUAGAUUUUGUUUACAUUAAACAUGUUGUUAUGACCAUUGGGUUAAACACAUGGGGUCUUGUGCUGUACAAUAAUCUUGAGGCUCUGCUACUGUUUCCAUUGGAGCUACUUAUCAUGGGGGAGCUGAAGAAGAUAAAGCAUGAGAUCUCAGAUGAAUCAGAUUGGUAUUCUUUCCAGGUGGUUUUGCCAGUCGGGUUAUCAUGUUUGUUCGGCUUAGCCAUUUCUUUCUUCGGGUUUUCUUGUCGCAGGGCUAUUUCUGCAACAGGUUUUACCGUUCUAGGCAUAGUGAAUAAGCUGUUAACAGUUGUGAUAAAUCUGGUCAUCUGGGACAAGCAUUCGUCAUUUGUGGGUACUGUUGGGCUUCUAAUUUGUAUGGUUGGCGGGGUUAUGUAUCAACAGUCUACAAGUAAGAAGCCUAAUGCUGUAAAGGAGGUAAAGGAACAAGAAGAUGAAGAGGAACAGCAGAAGCUACUUCAAAUGCAGAGCAUCAUGGAAACCAAGGGCGACGAGAAGCAAGAUACUGGCAUGGCAGAGGUGAAGUAAGGAACAUUCCUAGGUCUGUUUUAACUGCUUUCAAUCGGCAUCAUCUAGUUGCUAUGCAAAACAUGCAUUUGAAGAGCAUUUAUGCGUUUCUCAAUAUGGCAGAUCAUUCUAGUUAUUCUUCCAGAACCAGAUUUUAGUGUUGCUUCUAUUUCCAUGUCAAUUUUGCUCAAGCAGCCCAUCAAGUUAACUGUAGAAUGGGAACUUGGUAUUCUUUAUUGUAUUGGUUUAUCUGGAAACAUUAGCAGAACUUGAGGUCUCAGCUAUAGAUUGAAUUUAAACAAAAGUGACUCAGCUACUAUG